ACCGAUUACAGAACUGAUAAUACUGUCAACGAGUAACGACCAUCACUAUUAUAUUUUAUUGUUCUCAUUCCUCAAGCCAAAAAGUAAAAACACAACACUAAAGUCCUCAUACAUUAGUUAUUGUAAUCGACAAUUUAACAUGAAGCCUGUAGUAGCUGCCGAUGAAAUGUUCCCGGAAGGGACCAGUGCCAUAAUGGACUUGGACGAUGAGACAGGAAGCAAUGUUAUAUUUGAAAUGAGUGACAAAAGUCUACAAGCUGAUUUUUAUAAUGAUUUUAAUGAUCUUAACGACGAUGAUGAUUUUUAACAUACAAAUGUUACCUCAAGA